AUGACCGUCAUUGAAUCACCCUUUCGCAACAAUUAUCUACUGACAUCCGCCGCAAUCCUGGUCCCUCUCUUGCUGGUCGCAGUCAUGUCUCUCUUCCGGCGCAAGUCCGCCUUCAAUGUCUCUGGCCGCACCGUCCUCAUCACCGGCGGCUCUCAGGGCAUGGGCCUCUCCGUUGCCCAAAAGCUCUCUGCUCGAGGCGCGAACAUUGUCAUUGUCGCCCGAGACACCGCCAAACUCGACUCCGCCAUCUCCACCAUCCAAUCCGCCGCCUCCUCUCCUACGAGCCAGCGCUUCCUCAGCCUGAGCUACGACCUCACCGACCCCAAAUCUGCACCCGAGAUCCUCGCAAGAGUCACAGAAUGGAACAAUCACACCCCGCCCGACGUCGUCUGGUGCUGUGCUGGCUUCUGCAUUCCUAGCUUCUUCGCCGACGCAGACAUAAAGACACUGCGCGACCAGAUGGACACCCUCUACUGGUCCUGUGCAUACAUGGCACACGCAACCCUCAACUUAUGGAAGAGACCUACCGCCUCCACCACAACAGAUUCGGAAGCCAACUCCCUCAAAUCCUCCGGAACCCAACGAUCAGCCAAAGACGCCCUCCCACGACACCUAAUAUUCACCUGCUCCUGCCUCGCCUUCUUCCCCACCGCCGGCUACGCACCCUACUCGCCCGCCAAAGCCGCCAUGCGCGCUCUUGCCGACACCCUACAACCCGAAAUCGCCGUCUGGAACGGCGCCCGCCUCUCAGCAAACCCAUCCAUCUCCUCCGCCGCACCCUCACACGAGAUCCGCCUGUCGACCUCGCCGGACGAGGUCGCUGCAGCUGCGCUGAGGGGGUUGGAUGCAGGCGAGAUCGCCGUGACGACCAAUUUCGUCGGGAACUUGAUGCGUGGCUGUGGCAUGGGCGGGACGCUGCGGAUGGGGGUCAUGGAUGUUUUCUGGAACUUCCUGGGGAGUAUUGUCAUAUUGUUCUUCAACUGGGACUUUGUGAAGCAGUCGCAAAGAUGGGGUCGCGAGAAGGGGGUCAGGGUCGCUGAGCUGCCCGCUAAUGAGGCGUGA